AUGGCGGUACCCGAUAAAGCGACGGCUCUACGACAAGAAUUGAAGGCAUGGGAAAAGGAAUUUGCUUCUGCAAAUGGAGGACGAAAGGCCGGUCGCGACGAUAUCAAGAAAUAUCCAGAAAUAGCCGCCAAAUACAAAGAAUACACCAAAAUGCGCGAUCCGUCAUCCGGUCAAGACAAAAACUCAAAAGCGCACAAAUCACAAACCUCUCACCGAUCCUCUUUACCGAAUACCCAAAAAGACAGUGUCUCUACAACAUCCUUAUUGCGGAAAGUCGAGGCUAUCGAAACCCCCUCCAAGCGGCGACGGACGUACUAUGAUGACGGCAGUAAUUACUACAACCCGCGUCGAAAUCUUUUGACGCCCUCCAGGCGACGGCACAGCCAGCAGCAAGACCAGCCAUACAUGGGCCCGAUAACUCCCUCUCGACGCAACCAUCCUGGCUUUCUUGAUCCUUACGAUUCCCCGUCUUCAAUUCGCAAGCUCUCCACACCUCCAAAGGUCACAGCUAUUGGGCCUACACCACAGCGCGACGGUUACGCAUUGGGCAUCUUUGACCUCCUAUCUGAGCAUGGCACGCCACAAGGUCCGCAAACCAGCGGAGAGCCCACUGGCAAUGCUCCACCGAACGCAAACGCUGUUCUCCAAACACCCAGCAAAUCCAGCUCAAGCGCCGUCCUAGACGAAGCAAUCAUCAUGACCGGAAAGCGAGGCAAUCGGACACCAGCGUCAAGCAGCAAACGAUUCUUCCUCGACAGUUUCACAACUCCGCUAAAACGAAAGCGAGAAGAUGACCCAGACGGCAUAGGCGGUCCGGAAACGCCUUCCUCCUCCACAUCCAAUCUCCUUGCCACCCCGGCCUUUUUGCGUCGAGACGGCGGCCGAAAACCUCUCGACGCAGUUCUUGAAGAAGACGAACAGACAUCGCCGAUGACGCAACGCUUCUGGCCGAAACGAAGAACAUAUGUCAAAGGACUGAGCACCAUCUUAGCCGAGUUGCGCGAAAUGCAACAAGAAGAUGACGCAGAUGGAGAAGAAGCACUACGAGAAAUUGAAGGCAAUCAAGGGCGCCCAUCUCGUCUUGGUCCAGACCAGGAAGAAGGCGAAGAAGAACAUCCCGGCAAGGAAAACGAAAAGCAGGGUGCUAAUGCGAAUAAUUCGAAAUGGAAGUUUUGGAAGAAGAAGGGCGCCAAGCGACAGACGAGGAAAUUCAACUUGAAACCCGUCCUUCGCAAGUCCUCCAAGACGUAG